AUGGGAGCUUGUGGGAGCAAAAAGAGGCAGCUGAGUCGCACCAGCGAUCAGCAGCAGCAGCAGCAGCAGCAGCAGCAGAGGGAUCGACAAGAGCAGCAGCAGGGGGACCCGCAGCAGCGGCUGCAGGCGCCGGAGGGCAGCGAGGCGGCGCGGAGCGCUGCUGCUGCAGACGGCGCAGCAGCAGCAGCAGCAGCAGCAGCAGGAAGCGGCCUCGUCCCGAAGCAAAAGAGCCUCCGGGAGCAGCAGCGGCGAAGACUUUCUGUGUCUGUGACUUCGGUGCAAGACUCUUUCGAAGGAGAAGCUGCUUCGGACCGCGCAGCAGCAGCAGCAGCAGCAGCAGCAGCAGCAGAGGGCACGGACAGCAGCCGCAGCAGGCCCAACGGCCUCCGCAGUGUACAUACACCCCGCAGCCUCAAACCCUCCGCAACUUCUCUCCGAGUUGAAAGCACGAAAGUGAAAUCUCCAUCUUUAUCAAGUCAAGAAGACUGCAGCAGCAACAGCAGCAGAAGAGCAGCAACGCCGGCAGCAGCAGCAGCAGCAGCAGCGCCUGCAGCAGCAGCAGCAGGCGAGCCCCUCUCCCCCCGCGAGGGCGCUCUCGACAGCCUGCCGCUGCGGCGGCCGCUGUCGUCAACAGCAGCAACAGCAGCAGCAGCAACUCCAGCAGCAGCAGAAGCUCCCCACAGUCCGCGCAGCAGCCCGCGCAGCAGCAGCAGCAGCAGCAGCAGCAAAGGGUUUUGCCCCGAACUCCCGCUGCUGUUCUCCCCACUCCCUUUUGCCCCAGAAGAAGCAGCAAAACAUCUCGAGGAAAUCACUGCGCAGUUUUUGCUGCAGCACUUCACUGCAGACACCAAAGACAAAGACAGAUGCGCAGUCCUAGGUUAG